CAUCAGGCCAAGUGGAACUGGAGGCAAUGUCAUCAUUGGUAAAGGAGGACUUGGAGAAGAAACUGUUUAAGCCACUCUCCCAGAAUCUGUACGAGUUUAUUGAAAUAGAGUUCUCCGUCCAGGACAGGUAUUACCUCUGUGUGUCAGUGACCAAAAAUGAAGAAGUAAAAAUAAUUAUGGUGAAACACUACAGAAUAGGCUUAGAUGAAAAAUAUGAAGUAACAAAAAAGUGGUCUUUGAACGAUCUGCAGAUGAUUGAUGGAAAAGAAGCAGAUACUGACAAUCCAUUUUUUGAUCUGCACUUCAAGAAAGUGUACAGGUUGGAAGCAUAUAGUUGUGCUUCUAAAUAUGCCUUUGCUCGAACUGUGAAUAAGCUGAAUCAUGCAUAUCUUAAGAAGGACUUGCAGAUUGUGAACUUUGAUUCUACUUACAUUAAUGAUGAUUCCAUUUGGUCCUCAAACAAUAAGGAUUGCUUGGUUCUUAUGAGAAUAUGCUUUUAUGCUUUCAAUCUAGUAUGCUUAUCCCUGUGUCCCCUGCCACUCUGAAGAUAUAUACUAUGUUCCUUCAUCUGUAUUCUAUGAAAAUGAUUCCCUAGAUAAAUACUGAUAGUCAUGAUUUUGC